AUGGCAGGGGUCAUCGAAUACGUCAUGCGCGGUGGUGGCACUACGGCAAGAGGGACCUCCUCCGUCAGAAGAAAGCUCGCUGCGCCUGUGCGGCGCCGCCUGCUGCCUGAGAAAGCCAAGGUCUUCCGCCUCUUCGGCAGGGAGAAGUCCGUUCACCACGUCCUCGGCGGUGGCCAAGCGUUCCAUUUUACUGCUAAUUUGAUUCAAUGGAGGGACAAGAAGAUCUCAGCUGGAAUACUCGUUGGUGCCAUUGCUAUUUGGAUUCUGUUUGAGUUUGUCGGCUACCAUCUACUCCCUUUAAUUUUCCAUGGCCUCAUCAUCUCUUUGCUCACGCUCUUCCUGUGGUCGAAGGCCUUGACGCUUAUUAACAAAUCUCCGCCGCACAUUCCAGAGGUGAGGAUACUUGAGGACCAAACUGUGACUCUAUAA